AGUAAGCAACAACUAGAAUUCAAUCAGGUAGAGAAUCAGUUAUGUGUAGCAUAAAACUUUUUACACGAUGUCUCUAGAAUUUGCGUCAAUUCUUCUGUACAUCAUGGCUUGUCAAUCCGUUUCCUUAGGCAUUGGAAUUCAGCAGAGCCCAUUUGUGAUACAGCGAUUUUCGGAAAUGGGUCGGUUUCUGCUGCCAAUAAAUGGCGACAUCUUGGCUGACACUCUGGUUCAAACUGCACAGUUCUACCUCCCCGUGCAUGCCGUUACUGAGACGUGUAGAAAUGAUAGUAAUUACUUACUCGACAGCUUGCUUCAUGGGGACAAUGCAGCAUUGGAGAAUCCAUCUCCAUUACCACCUUUGACUACAGACUCUCGGGCUUCCCACUUUAGUAGAGUCAACAAAUACAAGGACUUGGGCAACCUCAACCCAUGGGACCACAUAACUUACAUCUGCAACAAAGCGAACUCUCUUGUGGGUUUUUUGUACAGAAUAUCUGGUGAUUUCUGA